AUGGCACCGAGAACCUUCACCUUGAACUUCAUGGGGGACACGAUGCUAGGACGUCUUAUCGACCAGAUGUUCCCUCAGCACGUCGAUGAGCCUUCAGAAGCUCGUAUAGCCCGGUCAUUCCUCAACUCACACCCAGAUCUAAAUGAGUUCAAUGAGAAGACGCCUUGGGGUAAUACCCUCUCCUUACUACAUUCCGCCGACCUCAACAUCCUAAACCUCGAAACGUCCGCGACGACUCAUCCCACGAAAUGGCCCAACAAAGUCUUCAACUACCGCAUGCAUCCUGCCAAUAUCAAUGCAUUACAGGCAGCCCGAACCGACUACGCUGGUUUGGCGAACAACCACACUCUAGACUUCUCCGAGCCAGGACUGCUGGAAACGGUCCGUACGGUGAGAGACGCCGGCAUAGCAUAUGCAGGCGCGGGCGAGACAACAGAGGAAGCAACACGACCUGCGGUGCUUCGUCUACCUAAGCAAGGGUCUGAAGAGGGAUAUGAAGCGCAUAUCUGGGCUGCUGCCGACCAUCCGCAAGACUGGUUCAAGGUGCCCAACUUCCAUUCUAUCGACUACACCAAAGCAACGAGAGAGCGGCUGAAAAAGCUCCUCACCCGGACGACUGGGCACAAACCGGCGUUGAAGAUCUUCUCCGUGCACUGGGGGCCGAACUAUUCCUGGCAGCCGGCGCAGGAGAUCCAGGGUAUGGCGCAUUUCCUGAUUGACGAGUGUGGCAUCGAUAUCAUCCACGGCCACUCCUCGCAUCAUAUUCAGGGCGUGGAGAAGUACAAGGGUAAACUCAUCAUCUACGGCUGCGGGGAUUUUGUCGAUGAUUACGCGCUUGUACAAGAGUAUCGGAAUGAUCUGAGCGGGAUUUGGCGUGUGACGGUCAAGGAGACAUCAGAAGGUGAAGCUGGAGAAGGCCUCAAGCUAGACAAGCUGCAGGUGUUCCCGACGAAGAUCGAUAAGUUCAGAGCCAGGAGACUGGAGAGCUCUGAGCCAGACUUCGACUUUGUGUGUGACAAGUUAGGAUCGUUGAGCGCAGACAUCGGGACGACAGUCGAUCUUGAAUCAGCGAAAAGGCGAGGGGAUGGGUCUAUCACUGUGCAUCUCAGCUGA